GUGCACCGCAAAGAAACGAAAUCGUGUUCGCGUUAAAUGUCAUUGUGCAAUUAAUUAUCUAGAUAGUAUUAUAGAAGAUUAUUAACUUGGAUGUCGGGAAUGGAUGACGUCUACGACAUUGACACACUAAAGAAAAGAAUAUCAAAACGAAGAGAAGUGAAUGAUAGCUAUGCAUUUACGUAUCGUACGUAUAAAGCGAGCGCGACACCGGUUAUUGGUUAAUAUAUGGACAGUGAUAGCCACCAAAUAGCCAUAAUGACGUUCCCUUGAGUACGAUCAAAUCUGUUCUAGUCUCUCUCUCUCUCUCUCUAUCUCUCUCUAUCUCUCUCUAUCUCUCUCUCUCUCUCUCUAUCUCUCUUGAUACGUUCAGUUAUGUCACCGAUGCAACACACCGUACAAUCCCUCCGUAACGUACGUACGAUCGCGUUAAACGUCCGAGACGUAAUUCGCGAGUGAGAGAAAUACAGCAGGGCCUCGAUUCCGAACGGAAACUCGGAAUUCGCAUCGGCCAACAUCGUGAAUUUCAAUUUACGACGAACCGAGCAUAGAACGGACCGACAGAAUUACGGGCGUGAUUCGCAAUUACGCCUUGCCAAUCCGUUUAUCAUUCAAGGAGUGUUUAGACAGAAGUUUUAAUGCUAUUCAAUACCGGGAAAAUGAUCCGAGAUUACCUGAUGCUGCUUUCGUGGUUUUGCGCUGUACAAGGAAAGAUAGGAUAUUUCUGGCACAUCACCGACAUUCACUAUGAUCCAAAGUACGGCACCCAGGGAAAUGCUGGGAGUGUCUGCUGGAAUACGAGAAACAACAUUGAAGGGGUUCCGAACAGACUCGACAGAAAGCUGGCUGGACAGUUUGGUGACUAUAGCUGUGAUACGCCAUGGGCAUUGAUCGAAUCAGCAGCACAGGCAAUGGAAUCAAAACACGACGAAGGAAUCGAAUUCGUCCUGUGGACGGGUGACGCGCUGACGCGCACAGCCAUGAGCGGCGAGCUUCGACUGCAGUAUUUGCAGAAUUUGACUGAUCUGUUGUCCCGCACGUUCAAGGCACAAUUUGUGUUUCCUGCAUUGGGACACGAAGACAUAGGAGUGAGCUUCGAACAGCUCUCAUUACUCUGGCAACAAUGGCUGCCUCAAGAAGCUAUGGAUACUUAUUUGAGAGCUGGCUAUUACACGAUCGAACAGAGUUCCGCGAAAUAUCUGAUCGUCUUCCUCAAUACGAAUCUUUGGAUGAAUCUAUCGGAAAAUCGUAUGGCGCAUCGAACCAGCGGUAUCACCGUCGAUAAUUCACAGGAUCCAUUUGGUCAAUGGCUAUGGUUCGAAUCCGUUUUGAAAAAGGCACGGAAAGAGGAUAAAGCGGUGUUCAUCGUCGGUCACACACCACCAGGAGUUGAUGAUCGUGAGAGCGGUACCGCAACCCUGAACGAGAGGCACAACGCCAAGUACCUUCAGGUGGUACGUCAAAAUGCGGACAUCAUACGCGGACAGUUCUUCGGGCACUGGCACUCUGACACGUUUCGUGUCAUCUACAGUGACACUGGAAAUCCAGUCUCCUGGAUAAUGAUAGCACCUAGUAUAUCACCGAGUACACCAGGAGGGGGACCGAACAAUCCCGGAUUUAGGCUGUACAAAUUUGAAACUGAUACAGGACAAGUUUUGGAUUAUUACCAGUAUUAUCUUAAUCUAGCGGAGGCAAAUAAGCAAGGCUCGGCAGAUUGGAAGAUGGAGUAUUCGCUCUUAGAAUAUUACGAAAUGAAUGAGAUAACAGCGAUCAGCCUGCAUGAUCUCGCCGAUCGAUUCACGCAAUCCAGCGACUACGCUUUCGUAAGUGCCUCUGGCAGCAGGAAGCACGCAACCUUCCUCGGCUUUUUCUUUUUGUGGUUGCUCCUGUUGGUGUUGCUGACGCUGAUGGUGUUGGUGCUGCUGCUUUUGCCACUCUCUGUCUUCUGGAAUUAUCGUGUACAGCAUAUCCUAGUCAUAAUAUAGUACUAUAUGUAGAAUCAUAAGAGAGAGAGAGAGAGAGAGAGAGAGAGAGAGAGAGUGUGUGUGCGUGUAUGUGUGUGUGGAUGGUGGUUCUCAACUGGGGUGAACUAAAACUCAACUUUUUAAUCUAUAAACUCGAUUUUUCGAUUAAACGUCAUACCGACAAUAUUCGUGAUAUUUUGUAUGUUUUUCUCUUUUGUUUAUAUUUUUUUUUUCCUUUUUCUUUUUUUUCUUUUUUCUUUUUUUUUUUUUUUUUUUUUUUUUUUUUUUUUUUUUUUUAUGAGCCAGUAACCUGGAACAAUGGUACUUUCGAGAACGAUACUAAAAAAUGAAAAAAUGAAAAAAAAAAAAAAAAAAAAGAAAAAUAGAAAAUAGAAAUAUUCCCUGAUCGAUCGGUUCUUCAUUCGAAAAUAUACUCCAUUUUGAUCGAGGAAACGUAUCCUUCCUCCAUCACGUAGAUCACGUAUAUCGAAUGUGUAUGUUUAUCGCUUGUGGGCUUCAUCAAAGUGGAUGUUUACAGAUCAAAUGGAAGCGAGAGUACAUACAUACAUACCAACAAUGUUUGAUCGUACAUGUAUUCGCAAUACUUGUAUCUUGCUUUGCCUCGAUAGUCGAGAAAAAGCUUUGUUUUUUAUGAAGUUUCAACAAUGACAUUCUCGCUAUUCUUUUUUUAUACAUGUGAAUUACUUUACACACACACAGAUAUAAACACAAAAAUACAAAACGCACAUAAACAUGUAUGUAUGUAUAUACGUAUGUAUGUAUCUAUGUAUCUAUGUGUGUGUGUAUGUAUGUAUGUAUGUGUAUAUAUGUCCUUACGCAAACGUGAUUCAUUCAAUUCAAAUAGCUAAGUUAUAAAAUGUAAAAGGUAACAAUUCCCUUCGCGAUAACGUCAACGCGAAUAAAAUAUACAAUUUUUACGAGGAAAAUGAAAAAAAAAAAAAAAAAAAAAAAAGAAAAAAAAAAGAAGAAAAAAAGAAGAGAUUUCUCAUCUCCCUUUUUUCUUUUUUUUUUUUCUUUCUUCUUCUAUCUUUCUUUCCUUUUUUAUUCCCUUCCUAAAACUUGCAAAGCUCUUGAAAGAAAAUGUUUUAUGUACGUAUAAAAUGGAAUACCGAUGGUACACGUUAAGAAAGGAUUCCUCCAAACGAAUAAUACGAUUUGAGUAAGAUAUCUAUCUCUGUGCUCACUGUAUCAUGUAUUUUACAAUAAACUAUAUUAUUAAAACCGA